UUUUAAAAUUUUUGUUUUGAUUUGUUUUUACUCUUCAUAUGGGAAAAAGCCGGUCUUAACAUAAAGCAAUAGAAAAUAUUAGCCACAGUAUUUUAAAUUCUUUUUCCAGUUAUACACCGAACCUUCCCUGUGCAGGAAUCACACAACUCUAGAAUUCUAUCCGAUUUCUCAGCGUUUCAACGUCAUGCCUCGGAAUCCCGACGCAGAGAAGAAUAAUCCGUGCUUGCACGAGCAGGGUCUGGUGCACAAAUGUUUGAAUGUUAAUAACUAUGAUAAGGAGAAAUGCGAACUGUAUUUCUCGAAUUACAAAAAUUGUAAAGAUUUCUGGUACAAAGUGAGUCGGGACCGGCGGUCACGAGGAAUCUAUCCCUACCUGCCCGAUGUUGAGGAUAGGGCGAAACUAAAAGCGGAGUAUAUGAAAUCAAAGCCGAGUAAUGAAUGACUAGCUUUUCAAUCGAUUCGAGCGAAGUUGAAAAAAGUUGGUGCAAUAAAAGGCUGUUGAAUAUGUAUGUUA